AUGGCCGAUCGCAACUCUUGGCUGCAUGUCGCUAGUCUUGGUGUUUGUGGAAUUAACAGCAAUUCAAUGAGGCAGAGAAACAUUAUCAGACAAACUCUUAUUAAAGAUCGAACAGGCACUUAUCAAAAACGUUGGCAGUCCGACUUGGAGGAUGAGAAUGGUGGAAGUCCAAUGGAUAUUGGCAUUGAGCAGUGGAGCGAAGAGUGGAAGAAAACAGUCGCUCUUCCAACAACAGCAAAAUCAACUACACACAACAGUUUUCACUGUCUUGAAGGAAUUCAUUUAUUUGCCUUGACUAAUUUUCUUCGAAGACCAAUUCUGGUAAUAUGUGACGAUUUUCAUCGUGGUGACUAUGAUGAACCAAUUGCUGGUGUAAACGUUGGUGGUAUAUACUUACCAUUGUUGUCUGACUCCGUGGAUUGUAUCAAAACCCCUCUUUUGAUUCGCUACCACCAUGGACACUUUACAGAAUUUGUGAUGGCAGAAAGUAAUGAGAGAGUAUCAUUAAUGAAACAUGAUGGCCAGCUUAUGAAACUCCGUUGUUUGUUACCAGUGGAAAGCAAUUUCUCAGAUCGAUUACUGCGGGAAUACUUGAACUGUUUAAAGUUGAAUUACACUAAUGAAAAUGGGUGUAUAACGGAAAUACUUUUUGCAAAAAUGCAAGUCUGUGAUACUUGCGGCUAA